AUGGCGUCCAAAUCCUCUGCAUCCACACUGCAAGUUUCAGAACUCUGCAAGGUAACUCCGGCCGCCGACUCGCCGGAAUCCGCCACACAAUUCACACUCCCGCUAACUUACCUCGACACCACCUGGUUCAGAUUCCCACCAGUCGAGUUGAUCUACUUCUACAAACCCACCGCUUCUCCGAUCCCUCCCCAUUCCUUCUACUCCCUGCUUCUCCCCAAACUCAAGCGGUCGCUCUCCCUAACACUCGCCCAAUUCCUCCCCCUCGCCGGCCAACUCCGAUGGCCGCCACAGUCACCCACUCCCGUCGUAAUCUACACUCCAGGCGACGCGGUCUCUCUAACCAUCGCCAAAUCAACAGCCGAUUUGGACCGAUUGGCCGGCGACGCACCCCGCGAAGCCGCCGAAUCGCGGCCGUAUGUACCUCAAUUAGAAGUCUCCGAGACGACGGCCUCCGUCGUAUCCCUCCAGAUCACUUACUUCCGGAACAGGGGAUUCUCCGUCGCGAUUACCCUCAACCACGCGGUCAUCGAUGGGAAAACCACCGCCAUGUUCCUCAAAGCUUGGGCUUCGAUCUGCAAGCACGGAGAGAAUCAUCGGCUCCCGAAGGAGCUCACCCCAUCAUUCAAUCGAACGGCGGUGGAAGAUUCGUCGGAUCUCGCCACCGCUUACUUGAAUCGGUGGGACGAAGUUCUUACUCGGCAAUCGAUUACCUAUAACCCUCGUAGCUUGAACGUUUUCCAGAAGGUAUCCCCGCCGCCGCCGGAUCUUCUCCGAGCGACGUUCCGGCUGAGCCCGAACUCAAUUGGGAGACUCCGAGAGAAGAUUCUGAGCCAUCGGACAAAUUCGGAUGAACGCCUUCACCUGUCGUCGUUCGUGGUGACGUGUGCGUUGGUGGCGGUUUGUCUGGUGAAAGCCAGAGGAGGGAGGAGAGACAGAGACGUCUACUUGGUUUGGUCUGUGGAUUGCCGAGCCCGGCUAGAUCUGGCGGCGAUCCCGCCGAAUUACUUCGGGAAUUGCUUAGGGGUGGAUUACUUGGUGGCGGAGGCGGGGAGCUUGAUGGGGGAGGACGGGAUCGCGGUUGCGGCGGAGAAGAUUAGCGAGUUGGUCAGGGGAGUCGCGACGGCGGUGGGGGAAGUGAAUUCGGAGGCGGCGGUGGAGAAGAUGGGGCGGCUGAGGAGCGUGGGUCCGGAAGUGCAGAAGUUCGGGGUGGCUGGGUCCCACAAGCUGGGGUUUUACCAGAUCGAUUUCGGGUUGGGGAAGCCGGUGAAGAUGGAAACGACGUCGCUGGACAAGACGCGGGGGAUCUCUGUGGCGGAGAGCGGAGAUGGGAGUGGUGGGAUUGAAGUCGGCGUCGUUUUGGUUGGGCAUGAAAUGGAGGCUUUUGAGUCCUUCUUUGUUCAAGCUCUGAAGGAUGUUGGUGGUGGACAAACUGGCCAUCGUUGUUCGAGGUUGUAA